AUGACGGUGUCACGAAGAGGAAGUCUCAGUAAGAACACUUUCAAUUUAUGGCAAAAAACAGCAAGAACGCUGCCUGCCUUGAGGUCUCCAGCACCAGUCGCCACUGCGGAGAGCAUGAUCCGGCUGUUCCAGUCUCUCACACUUGUCUUCUGCCUUGCUCCAGGGAACAUAGUUUCACAGAACGGCUCAACCACUUUAAUGGUGGAUGGGAUUCUGGAGGAGUCGGUAACUCUUCCCCUGAAGAUUCCUGCAAGAGAGGAGAUCAACUCCAUCACCUGGCUUCACAACGGAACAUCUAUCAUCUUCAUACAGCCAAAUGAAAAACGAAUCAUGGUGACUGCUCCAAAACGGAAAGAUAGACUGAAGGUCAUGCAGUUCUCCUCCUUGCAGCUCAGCAACCUGACGAUGGCAGACGCAGGAUCUUACUGCGCCCAGAUAGUCACGAAUACCUCAGUGUUUUCCAGUUACACCCUGAGGAUCUUCACACGACUGAGGAACUUACAAGUUGCCAGUCACGCUCAACUGUCAAGGAAUGGGACUUGUGAGAUCCACCUGACCUGCACUGUGGAGAAUCCAAAUGACAACGUCUUAUUCAAGUGGCGGAUCUCAGGAAACACAUCUCUAAAUGAAACAAACCUCACUAUCUCCUGGGACCCCAAGAAUUCCAGUGAACAGAACUACACCUGCAUAGCUGAGAAUCUUGUCAGCAAUUUAUCGUUUUCUGUCUCUGCUCAGAGUCUAUGCGAAGGUUUUUUUAGUGAGAAAAAUCAACCUCUGGAUACCAAAUGGAUUAUACUUGUAAUUUUGAUUCCUUUGGCAUGCAUAGUCAUCCCUGUGUACUUAUUUGUUCGGAAGAAAAAAACAGGUUUCUUUAAUUCCUCUACUCAGCAAGCCCAGAGUGCUGCAGAGACCAGGACAAACUUAGAGUACGAUUCAGUCUCUCCAGGGAACACUGUGUAUGCUCAGGUCACCACUCAUCCAACCAGGAAAACGAAAAUCUCAACACCUACAGAAAACAAAGAGUCCUCCACAAUUUACUCCACAAUUCAACAGCCCGAAGAGAGUAAACCCCUUUCUUCCAGAUCAACUGCCCUUAAUGAUGUCGUCUAAGUGGCGGAAAGGUCUCAAAGGAAUUCAGGAAUGACAUAUCUUCUCCUGUUCCUAUGGGAGAUAACAGAGCUUGGUUUCUGCCUGGCAGAAGAAUUUGAACAUCUAGGAUUAUCAGUUUCAGUCAUUCAUAUUUGAACCUGCUUACCUAGGUCAAACAUCUAAGGAACAACAUCAUUUCCAUCAUGUGAUCCAAAUAACAUUUUCUAAUCUGCUCCAGGCCAAAAUACGCUUCAAAUAACAUGCCUGGAUAUUGACUUUCUUUUUGGUAACUAAGCAAAUGGAGUUAUGAUUGACAGAGAGUUUAUAAUCCAGAAGACACCACUUCUCUCCUUUCAGAAAGCAGCAGGAUUGUGACUCACUGAGAAAGAGUAGAGUGUGUUGGUUAUGUGUGAUGUCUCUGGAGUUGGAUGGGUCCGUGCUUAAUUCUCAUACAUCGUUUACUAGACACACCUCCUGGGACCUACCUAACCACGUGGAGCUUUGGUUUCCUAGGCUGAAAAAGGAGGCUGGUAAUACAUCAGCCAUGUUGCGCGAACCAGGAACCCAUGUUAUUCCUGACUUCAGCUUUGCUGUCCCCAGGCCCUUUGGAGUCAAUCUCCAAAUAAAUAUCUUUGACCUAUCCACUUCUCUCCAAAUCUUGAACCACAAUCCUAUAUCCAACUAUCAUCAUCUCUAACCUGGAAUGCUGCAACACAGUCCAAACAACUCUCUCCAACUUUUGCUCUUGUUUCCCUCCCAUCCAUUCUCCACAAGACAGCCAGAGUAAUUUUUUUUUUCCUGAGGAAGAUUCAUCCUGAGCUGACAUCUGUUGCCAAUCCUCCUUUUUUUGCUUGAGGAAGGUUCACCCUGAGCUAACAUCUGUGCCAAUCUUCCUCUAUUUUGUAUGUGGGUCGCAGCCACAGCAUGGCUGGUGAGUGGUUUAUGUCCGCGCCCAGGAAACGAACCUGAGAACCAAGGCCACCGAAGCAGAGCACACCGAACUUAACCACUAGGCCGUGGGGCCGGCCCCCCAGUGUUGUAUUUUUAAUAUAUAUCAGAUCUUUCACUUGUCUGCUUAAAACCCUGCAAGACUUCCCAGUGCACUCAGAACGAAACAGUCUCCUUGGCCCUGGAUGAUCUGGCCCAUCUCCAGCCUCAGCUAUUAUCGCUCUCCCCCAACUCUCUCUAUUUAGCCUCCCUGAUCUUCUUUCAGCUCUUCUAUUAGAGAAAAGAGUUCUCUAUGUUACAGUUAUUUACAUCUGCCUCAAGGCCCUUCCUCUGCCUGCCUGGCUCCUGCUUAUUCUUUAGGUCUCAGCUUACGUAUGUCACCUUCUAAGACAGACCUUCUCAGACCACUCUAUCUGAAGUGGAUCCCCCUAUUGUUCUGUUACAUCUUCCAUGUCAUUUAUCACGUCAUUAAAUAUUUAUUUUUAUUUGUUUAAUUCUGUUUCUCCUACUAUACUGUAAGCUUUCCAGGAGCAGGAACCAUGAUGAUUUUGUUUAUCACUGUAUCCCUAGCACCUGGCACAGUAUCAAGCAUGUAACAAAUGUUCAAUAAAUAUUUUUUAAUAGUAAAUGAAUAUGUAAUGGAGUUUUGUAGAAUUAAA